AUGGCAAAAACACCACAUCACAACAAAGAACAUAAACGAAAACCAUCUUCUUGUUGGGCUGUUAUAAAACUUGCACCAUCCCAAAUUAAAAAACGUAAUCGAAAUAUUAAACCAUGUAAAAAGACGAAAAACAAUAGAAAUUGCAAACCUUCAGCAAGUAAAAAAACGAAUCAGUAUUCAAAGCCAUCAGCAAAACAACGUCAUAGUCGUAAAUUAAAAAGAAUUGAUACAAAUAAUACAGAAACUAUAAUAGAUCUGACUUCUGAAAAGUUCGAAUCGUCGAUUGUAGAAGAUUUAGAGUCUUCUGAGAUACAUCGAUUUUUAAAUAAAAGAUAUUUUUCUACAAUUCUUCAACAAUGGAGUUUUUGUAGUUGUUGUAUGGCCUUAUAUCCUCAAAGUCAAUUAAAAAUUGCAUCCAAAAAUCACGAAGUAUACCAUGAUACGGUUCAUGGUGAAUUUAUAUGCCGAAAAUGUCAUGAGUUUAAUCCAUCAAUUGAUUAUCCUCAUUGCCCAUUUGCAUACAAUAAAAACAAGUUGGCAGUUCCGGUUAUACCUGAAGAUUUAAUAUUAGGCUUUAUGGAACAAAGAGCAAUUGCACUAACUCAUAUAUAUAUGAGUAUUAUACUGGUUCGUGGUCAUCAAGCUGCAAUGAAAGGACAAAUAGUUCAUUUUCGUGUUGAUACAGAUGUUAUUGUUGGUGAUUUGUUACCAUUUCCAAGAUGUUACGAGUUUUUAGCAGUCGUACAAGAAAAACCAUAUGAAAAAAAUGAAAUUCAUACGACUGUUUCUUAUUCAUUGAGUCCAGUACAAGUUUUAAAGGCUUUAUUAUACUUGAAACAAAAUAAUCAUUUAUAUACUGCUAAAAGAUUUAUGUCAAUAGUUGAAAUGGAAGAAAUAUUUAAAUGUCAAGAGGAGAUUAUUACACCAAUUCGAAUUAUAGAUAGUUAUGCUUAUAAUAAUUCUACUACUACAACACCAAUCUUUAAUUCAUCGAACAUUUUGUCUGGGCCAAAGCGUAUUAUUCCAUGUGUUGAAAAUGCAACAUGGCAAGUUGAGCCGUAUUUGGAAGAAAGUACAUAUCCAUGGCUAUACCCUAACGGUAAGGGUGGUGAAGCAGAUCCAGAACGACCUCUUGCUUUAACUAUACGUGAUUAUUAUAAACAACGUUUAAAAUUUGUUGAUAACCGAUGGCAAAAAGAUCCCACUUGGAUUUUUCGAUCACUUAAUUUAUUACAGAGAGAAGAUUUACGUAAAGCUGUUAACUAUCAAGUAAAAAAGAAAUAUGAAAAUGGUAAAUUGUGUUACUUAAUUUAUCCAGACAUAGGAUCAGUUCUUCGUGGCACUUCUGCUUUUUGGGUUAAAGCAAAACGUCAUCUUCGGUCUAUGUAUGCAACACUUGGAAAGCCUUUUAUUUUUUUUUCGAUAAAUUUGCAAGAUGAUGUGGAGUUUUUAACCAAUAUUGAUUCUGAUAAAUUUGGAUCUCCAAGCAAUCCUAAAUAUGAUAUAAUUGAUUCUUUAUCUGAUGAUGACUACAUUAUGUUAGUAAAUGAAUAUCCAGGUCUUGUUGCAAGAAUGUGUAAACGUCGAAUGAAUGCUUUUGAACAAUAUAUAAAUGAUAAAAAGCAUCCGUUUCUUAUUGAUUAUAUAGUUUCUCAUUAUUUUCUGAAAACCGAAUUUCAACGAGACGGAUUGCCACAUUUACAUGGUUUGUUAUGGAUUGAAAAUCCACCUUCUACUGAAACAGAUGAAGGACGUCAAUCAAUACUUGAUUUUCUUGAUAAAUAUCUUUGUACUGAUUUACCUGAUCGAGAUUCACAACCUGUACUCUAUAAACUUGUUCGAAAAAAACAAUGGCACGCACAUACAUUCACAUGCAAUAAAAAUAAACCAUUUGUACGAAUACGAAGGGGAAAUAAAAAUCUAAUAUCAAAAGAUAAAGAUCAACAAAAAGAUAAAACUGUUGAUGCUGAAUGCAUUAAUAAAAAGAAUGAAGAUGAAAUAUAUGAAAAAGUUGAUCCGGAUAACGAUCCUGAUUUGAUUGGCAUAGAAAUUGAGCGACGUGAAUUUUUUGAACGUGCAAGUUGUCGAUUUGGUAAACCUGAUCCAUUGGCUUCUAAAACACAUUUCCGUACUCACAAUGAAGCUAGAAUAUUAGUUCGCGGUGACCGGGAUAUUAUUAUGAAACGACUCACACAAGAAUCACGGCGAAUUGUACCAUAUAAUAUCAAUAUACUUAAAACAUUCAGAUGUAAUCAUGACAUACAAAUUGUCACUGAUCCAUGGGCAGCAGCUGAAUAUCUUUUUUCGUACAUUAGUAAAGAAUCUCAAAUGGAAAAUGAUUUAGUACAAAAAUUAGCUGGAUCUGCUUGUUACAGUAUUGAAGAAGCAAGAAAAGUUUUACUUAAAACAGGAAAUGCUAUUCUAUCACACCGACAAAUUGGAAAAGUUGAAGCUGCCUGGUUAAUUUUAGGUAUACCAUUAUAUCAAUGUUCGAUGGGUACUAUUCAUUUGUAUAUAUGUUUACCAACACUUGAAGUUCGUCUGCUUAAAAAUUUGAACAAAACGAUAGAGUCUCUUAGUGAAGAUGACUUUGUAAAAACAAUAAUUCAUCGAUACUCACAAAGACCACUAGAACCAGCUGUUAUUAAUGAUAUUACAUUAUUUGAAUUCGCAGCGUGGUUUACAAUUGAUUAUAGUCAAUCUAAUGAAGUGAGCGAUGAAAAUGAUGAACUGUUGCCAAAUCCACUAUGGCGUACCAGUUAUGAUGAGCCACCAUUGUUGAAAACAUCAAGAUGCCUUCCACGUAUUCAAUUAACAUGUGGUCGGGCAAUGCGCCAGUAUGAAAAUCCAAAAUCUGUAACAUUUACUUGUCUUCAUGAUGAUACUGCUCAGUCAAUGUAUGCCAUAUUAUGUUUAAAUAUUCCACAUCGAAAUCCAGUAGUUGAAUUUUUGGAUGAAAAAGAAGGUAGCAGAUAUCUGUUUAACAUAUUUGACACAAUUGGUGCGACCUAG